AUGAUAGUACAAACAUGUAUCUAUACAACAUUCAACGUUGAUGAUUUUAAUAUAAAUCAUCAAACAUUACUAAAAAUAUUAAUUGAAUAUGUUUAUCGUUACAUUCAAUCAUGUCCAAAUAGUUAUGUUAGCGCUAUAAUUAUUGAAAAUCCAUUACCCGUAUUUGGUUUGAUUACAAAUGAAAUAUUAUCAGUAUUAUCGAAUUUAUCGGAUAAAACAAUUCUUAUUCCAUACUUUAUCAGUCUUGGUUAUUCUGAAAUUAUUUUAAAAUUUUUAAAUGUGUCAUCAAAAAUAAAUGAUGAAAAUUAA